AUGUCCAAGGCCACGACUUAUCCCAGUUCUUCUAUUAAGCAAGCUAUUGCUGGCCCAUCUCGCGCUGUCGCUUUGUUCAAUAGGGCGCCACCAGUGCAGAUCAGUCCCGCGUCUCCCAUUAAACAAACUAUUCGUGGCCCAUCUCAUGCUGUCACUCAUCCUAUUAUCAUGUCAUCAAUACAGACCAAACCUAUGUCUCCUAAUAAGCAAUCCUUUCCAGGCUCCUCUCGUGUUGUUCUUAGUGAACAGUCGGCGUUGUCAAUGAAGCAGCGACAUACUACCUCCAAGCACACUUUUGUUAAGCUUGAUGAUAUUAACCAAUUGCAGACAGAAGAGGAAGGAAACCAUUAUGAUUCAUUUGUAACCGAUAUUGAGGAGAGGACCGAGUCCACUUUACCUAGCUCAAAGAAAGAACUGAGGAAGUUAGCUGAACCUGUUGCUGAACUGUGGCGUAUGGGUGGAGAUUUUAACGCAAUGAUGUGCAGACGGGAGAAGAAUGGAGGAGAGGGCUUUAAUAGUUGUAAUUGUAAGGCUUUCUCAACUUGUCCUGAUGAUUGUGUUUUGCUAGACUUGGAUUUCAUAGGACCUUUGUUUACUUGGUUGAGAGGUAGUGCUCAAAAGCACAUUGAUCCGAUGGUUUGUGAUGCAGUUGGCAGAUAG